UCCGCUAAUUGUUGACGAUUCUCGCUCUCUGCAACUACCCGCUCUCAUAAGACAAGAUCGAAGAGGAAGAAAAGGAUGAGAGGACUGGAGGAAUUUCUUCGAAUGGUAGGAAGAAGAGAAGAGUAUCAGUUCGAUAUUGGAUCUCUUCGACCUCUGCACCAUUGGUGAUAAAUAAUACGUUGGCUGCUGCUUUCUAGAACGCUUACUUGAUUUUGUUAAUUAUUGAAGACUAGAAGUUGGGUUAUUUCUUUUCAUUAGCUGUGAACAUUCUUUCUUGAAAUAUACAUUGGCAUCCUCUAGAAUCAUGAUACCAAAUUCGGCAAAUCUUUUAACGAUGAACUCGGAUGAAAUGACGGAUUUUCCACAAAAUGAAAAAAUAAUUUCUCGGGUGAUGAGUUCUCCUGGCCUGAUUUCGGACCUGGGAAGUAUACAAAAUGAUGCUGAUUCAGGCAGUUUGACAUCUGUAUCACGUCAAAGAAUAAUAAUAGUUGCCAAUUUUCUCCCACUUCAUUUUUUGAAGGAGAAACAAACUGGAAAGUGGUGCUUUUCAUGGGACGAAGACUCUCUUCUACUGCAGCUUAAAGAUGGUUUAUCUUCUGAAACUGAAGUCAUUUAUGUUGGGAGUCUGAAAGUUGAUGUUGAUGUUAGUGAGCAGGAAGAAAUUGCUCAAAAGCUUUUGGAUGAUUACAAGUGCGUCCCAACGUUCCUUCCAAUUGACCUUCAAAAGAAUUUCUAUCAUGGUUUCUGUAAGCAACAGUUGUGGCCACUUUUCCAUUACAUGCUUCCCAUCUGUCUCAACAAGGGUGACCUCUUUGAUCGGUCUCUUUUUCAAGCUUACGUUUCAGUCAAUAGAAUAUUUGCUGACAAGGUGAUGGAAGUGAUUAAUUCAGAUGAUGACUAUGUAUGGGUUCAUGAUUAUCACCUAAUGCUGCUUCCCACAUUCUUGAGGAAGAGACUAAACCGAAUCAAGCUUGGGUUCUUCCUCCACACCCCGUUUCCUUCCUCAGAAAUUUAUCGGACUCUACCUGUCAGAGAUGACAUUCUUAGAGGAUUGCUUAAUUCUGAUCUAAUUGGAUUCCAUACAUUUGAUUAUGCCCGGCACUUUCUUUCAUGCUGUAGUCGGAUGCUAGGGCUGAACUAUGAGUCUAAGCGCGGUCACAUUGGAAUUGAGUAUGGUGGUCGUACCGUUGGCAUUAAAAUUCUUCCUGUUGGUGUUCACAUUGGACGGCUUCAAUCUCUAUUAAGUCUUCCUUCUACCAUUGGCAAGAUUCAAGAAAUUGAGCAGAAGUUCAAGGGGCAAAAGUUGCUAGUAGGUGUAGAUGAUAUGGACAUCUUCAAAGGCAUCAGCUUGAAGUUGCUGGCACUUGAGUUGCUACUCGAUAGGAAUCCUGAUCUACGAGGAAAAGUGGUACUUGUUCAAAUUGUAAAUCUGGCAAGGAGCUCUGGUAAUGAUGUGAAGGAUGCAAGAGCAGAAACAAUGUCAUUGGCAGAAAGAAUCAACCUUCGGUAUGGCAACCAAAUCUACAAUCCUGUGGUACUUAUUGAUUACGCUAUCCCCUUUCAUGAAAAGAUUGCUUUCUAUGUUGCUGCUGAGUGCUGCAUUGUAAAUGCCUUAAGGGAUGGAAUGAAUUUGGUUCCAUAUGAAUAUGUAGUUUGUCGACAAGGAACUGAGGAGAUGGAUAAAUUAAGAGAUAUUGGCAGAGGUUCUCCACGAACCAGUACACUUAUUGUUUCUGAAUUUGUGGGAUGUUCUCCAUCCUUGAGUGGAGCUUUCAGGGUAAACCCUUGGAGCCUUGAGGAUGUGGCUGAUGCUUUGUAUCAGGCCAUUGACAUGAACGAGUCUGAAAGACAGCUCCGGCAUGAAAAGCAUUACCGCUAUGUGAGCUCUCAUCAUGUGUCGUAUUGGGCGCGCAGCUUCACACAGGAUCUUGAGAGAGCAUGCAAAGAUCACUACAACCAAAGGUGCUGGGGUGUUGGUCUUGGUUUAGGUUUCAGGGUUAUUGCCCUUUCUCCUGGUUUCAGGAAACUAUCUGUUGGCCAUGUUGUCUCGUCCCACCGCAGAUCCAAUAGGAGAGCAAUCUUCUUAGAUUAUGAUGGAACACUCAUGCCAGAAACAUCUAUAGUAAAAGAUCCAAGCAGUGAUAUUAUUUCUAUGCUAAAGACUCUGUGCAGUGACCCUAGAAAUAAUGUGUUUAUUGUUAGUGGAAGAGGGCGGGCUCCUCUUGCCAACUGGUUUUCAUCAUGUGAAGCACUUGGAAUUGCUGCUGAACAUGGCUAUUUCAUCAGGUGGAAUGCGUCUUCUAAUUGGGAAUCUAGUCCAGUUGUGGUCGAUCCAGAUUGGAUGAACAUAGCAGAACCUGUCAUGACUUUGUAUACAGAGGCAACUGAUGGAUCCUACAUAGAAGUGAAGGAGAGUGCUUUGGUCUGGCAUCAUCAAUAUGCUGAUCCUGUCUUUGGCUCAUGCCAAGCAAAGGAAUUGUUGGACCAUCUUGAGAAUGUUCUUGCUAAUGACCCGGUGGUUGUUAAACGUGGGAAUCUUAUUGUGGAAGUUAAACCUCAAGGAGUCGGUAAAGGACUGGUUGUGGAGAAGCUGCUUAAGACGCUUAUAAAUGAUGGAAAACCACCAGAUUUUUUGAUGUGCAUUGGUGAUGAUCGAUCUGACGAGGACAUGUUUGAAAGCAUUAUUUCUACAGCCUCUAGUUCACUUUUUCCUGUAGUUCCUGAAGUGUUUGCCUGUACUGUUGGCCAGAAGCCAAGUAAAGCCAAGUAUUUUGUCAAUGAUACCAUGGAAGUGAUCAACCUGCUGGAAGCCAUUGCAGAUUCUUCUUCUCAAAGAAGCAAGGAUUUAAAAAAAUUGGUUUCGUUUGAAGGGUCAAUGGAGUCACAAGAUCUGCCUAUUGUUUCUGCAUGAGAAGAUUAUUGGUUCUCUUGUACAUUCAUUACUCUUUUCUGUGGCUCAUAGAUUCUGUGACUCUGACUCUAACUAUUGUGAAGGACAACUGAAGAGAUACAAAUAGAAGCAGAGGAUUAAUUAAACUUUCGCUGACUCUACUAUGCCUUUUGUAGUGGUUUUUUUUUUCUUUUUUUUUUUGUUUGUAAA